AUGGCAGCCUCCUCAGCAGUUGUCGUGGUUCCGCGACCGCAGAAGGACGCCUCAGCUGUAGCUCUCUCCGCCAUGCGAAUUCCCGCCCUGCUGCUGGUUGCCGCUGUGUGGACUGGUGGGAGCGACGCGCUUGUGUUCCGCGCACAGCUCCUUCCCGGCCCGGUGAACAUCCGUGGCGUUCGCUACACGGAAGGAUGGACGGGGGACGCAGCCCGACAAAACCUACUGCUCACCAACUCGCCCCCGCAGCUAUUCGCCGCACCGACCGACCACCAUGCGAGCAGGCCGCCGGCCCUCAACAUAAGGUCGCACCCUGUGUCAUCUGGUUUCCUGCACGGCCAGGUCACUCCUGUGCACUUCACUUCGUAUCAGAGUCAUCAGGCGAGUCCAUUGCCACAAAAUUUCGGUAUAAACAGGCCUACAUUUCUUGAUUUCGGUGGGGUACCAAAACCACUGCAAGCGCCGGACAUAGCAAGUGGCGACUGGCUUUCACCGAAUAAUAAAGAACAAGUUGACUCUGGUCAUCAAAACCGGUUUUUGUCAUUCAAUCAAAAUUUCGCUUUCAAUCACCAACUGCAGGAUAACGUACCUGUUCGCCAGGCUACUGCCAAUAGCCCACAGCAGAAUCAAAAUUAUUUUCAGCAGACCCUUUACCAGCAAGGUGCCAUUCAAGCUGCAGCUAUCAACGAUUUCGGACGUCCAGUACAGCCGACGAGAAAUCUGCAUUUCAACAUCGAAGACGUGUCUACUUCAUUUGGUAUUCCCCAUAGUCAGAAUAAUUCUUUCAACGGAACAACAUCAAAUUUCACAUUCGCUGGAAAUGUUGCGACUACAAUCAACAAUGCGUCAGCUUCGCUCAGUAACACACAAUCUGCAUCUUCAGUAACGUCGAAUGUGGAAAACAGCCUGCCCCGACCUGCCGCUUUGGCAAGCAAUGCUAAGGAAACAGAAACGGAAGCUCAGCAGGACAACGAAGUAGCGAAGGCGACGCUGGAAGAUGUGAUACGUCAUGACUGCCCGAACGCUGAUCAGCUGGGUUACUGCGCAUCACCACCGCGCUAUCCAACGCUACAGAUUCAAGAAGUAUACAAACGUUGCAUCCGGCUGCUGCGUGCGUUGUAUGUGCCACUGCCUGAAGAGGAUAAUAUCAAGUCUAUUACCCGUGCCAACAGACACGUGAGUAUCCCUGAAAGUAAUCCAAUUUAA